AUGGACAAUUGCUCAUGCUUUUUCUUUAAAGUUCCUAAUUUUGAUGAUAUGAUUGUUCCAUCCAAUUCUGGUUCCCUUGGUAAAAGAAGCUAUGAUGCUAUUUCUUCUCCUGAUGAUUCUGAUUCCCUUCGUGAUCAAGUUGCAGAGUUAAUAAAUUCAUUGCUUUCAAGUAAGCAUAUAUCUGAAGAUAUGAGCUAUACUGUUGGUCAGUUUUAUGACAAUAUGAUAAAAAAGGGGCGAAACAUGUUUGUUAAAAUGCUUUUGAAAGAGCAUGAUGUUACUGCAAAAUUAGCUCACAUGGAAAGGGACAUGAGAAGAUAUUCGGACUGCAUGUCAAUCCAAGAUAUUGAUAUGGCAUACACAACAACAUUGUUGAUCAGAAAGCUGUCAUUCACAAAGAGUGACAGCCUUCUGUUUACGACCAUAAAAGAAGCAGAUAUUAUGAUCAAUGAAUUAGUGAUAGCUAAUCAGUCAAUGAAGAUUGAUAUAGAAAAACUGAAAGAAAGAGAAGUCACAUUGCUCAGUGAGAAGGAUGUAUUAUUUAACAAGGUUGGGAGCUUACAGACCGUUGUUGAUUUGAAGAAUCAGGAGAUAGAAGACCUUGUUGAAUCAAAUCUUAUAGAAACAAAGGACUUAGUAAUGGAAGUGGAUGGUGUCAUUAACGAGGUCCAGUUGGCGAUGAAGGAAAAUUUUACCUCUUUAGUUUGUGAUAUAGAAUCCUUGAAGUCUCAAUUUAUAUAUUCCACUAAGUCAAUACAACAAUGGCUUGAGAAGAUCUGGUCUGAGAUAGUUAAUAAAUAUUGUGCUAUGUUGGUAUUACAUCUCUGUCACAUGAGUGUUCUUCUGGAAAUAGUAACAGGAAUGCAUGCAGAAAAUGGCUUGCUUUCGCAUGGCUUGUGUGAAUCAAACUCUGUCAUAAGUGAUCUGAAGGAACACAAUUUUAGAACAAGGGAAGAGCUAGAAAUGUGCAUAAUCUUGAAAGGGAAACUGCUUGCUAAUAUCCAGAAUAGUUUUGAUUGCAUCACUAGGAAAGAAGUGGAAGCUGGAGAGAUCACUGUCAAGCUGAACACUUUUGCUAAAAACUUAUCAGAUCUACAGCUUCAAGAGGAAAUGAUGAUACAAAGAUCUAAUGAAAUGGGGUCUCAACUUACUACUUUGAUGAGGGAAUUGGAUCUGAGUAAUACCGAUUUUGUGGUAUCCCAUUUAGAUCAAGAGAAACUACUAAAGCAGAAAGUAGAAGCCAUUGAGUCUCAAGCUGAAUUUGUUAUGGCAGAUUGGUACGCCAAAGACUUUGAGUUACUCAUCCAUUCUUCUGAAUUCAGUAACAUGGCAUAUAAAAUAUCUGAUAUGGAGGAGCAUUUUGUCAAGUACUCUACACUAGUUGAUCAAUUGAAGGCAGAAACGAUAUUUUUCCAAGUAGAAACUGAGUUAGCAGAACAAAUUUUGAUGGACAAGGAAGUUGAAGUUUCCCUUCUAAAACGAAAAGUUCAGCAGGAAAAAGAAGAAAAACAAAACUUAUUGAUGGAGUUGAAGCAGGACAAAUUAAGGAUUACAAAGAUGGGUGAAGUAAGCAAAGCACUUGAACAAAAUGUUCACCUUCUAAAGGAUACUGAGCGUCAAGCUGAGUUUUUAAUGGCAGAUUGGUACACCAAAGACUUUGAGUUACUCGUCUGUGCUUCCGAAUUCCGUAACAUGUCCUGUAAUAUAUCUGAUAUGGAGGAGCAUUUUUUCAAGUACUCUACAAUAAUUGAACAGUUGAAGACAGAAACGAUAUUUUUCCAGGUCGAAACUGAGUUAGCAGAACAAAUUUUGAUGGAUAAGGAAGUUGAAGUUUUCCUUCUAAAACGAGAAGUUCAGCAUGAAAAAGUAGAAAAGGAAAACUUAUUGAUGGAAUUGAAGCAAAACAUCUUAAGGAUUACCGAGAUGGGUGAAGUAAACAAUUUAGUGUUCUUCUACAGAACCAAGUUGUCACACUGGUAUAACACCCGAGCAAACUGCAAAAAGAAGAUGGAAGGACUUGAGCAAGAGAACAAAGAGCUACAUGAAGAAGUUGUUACUUUGAGGACGGGAAUGGAGCGUCUCACUACUCUGGUUGAGACACUGUUGGCUGCUCAGAAUCAGAAUCAGAAUCAAGCUCAGAAUCAAGUCAACCUCCAAGGCAUGCCCGAAGGCUACUUGCCGGUUCAUGAAGUGACUCGUCCUGUGACGCCUGUCAUGGUUACUGGACCUCCUAUUGUGCAUACUGUUCCGUUUGCUCCAGAGCAUUCUUAUGAGAUGUUCUCUCACACACUCACUGCGUUUAUGGAGCCCUCACCGCCGAUCACCACCACUGCUCACCUUUACAAUCACUCGCACCGCCGUGUCAUGGAUGUGUCUCACACAAAUGGACGCCUAUCAUCGGUUUCCCACCCAAUUCAACUCCAUCUCCUUACGAGGACCCCGUAUGUGACUGGAUCAUCUGUGAUUGCAAUCAAAUACAAAGAUAGGAUUCUCAUGGCUGCUGGUAUGGGAGGUUCCUAUGGGUCUACCCUACGAUACAAGAGUGUUGAGCGGUUGAAGCCUGUUGGAAAACAUUCCAUUAUUGGUGCCAGUGGAGAAAUAAGUUAUUUUCAAGAGAUUCAACGUUACCUCAACGAGCUUAUGUAA